AUGGUAGUUAAGGCUGCGAAGAGGAAGAAAGCCAAGAUAAGGGCAUACGACAUCGACGAAUCGAAAAAAAUAUUUCUGUAUGCUUAUGAACAUCAAUUGAAAAAUGAAAAGAUUAAUUGGAAAAAAGCCGAGGAGUUAAGAAUAACUACACAUAGUGCAGGGUCGAUGAGAAGCCAUUAUUUAAAUUCAAUAAAACAUGAAAUAUCGUUAUAUUUAGAAAUGUACUCAGAAGAAGUAGCUAAAUUGUUCGCUAAAGUUAAAAAAUGGAAAAAAGAAGAAAAAAAAAAAAAAUUAUUAACUGUUCAGGAUAAUUUCGUUAAACAAAGGUCUAACAUUUCCUUAGAUAGAAUAACCAAAUGUAAAAGCAAAAAUUAUAACAAAUUUAAUUCUCUAAUAAUUAGUAAAGCUUUUUCUUUCAAAUGUGGACGUACCGUUAGUAACAAACAAAAUAAUUCUCUUAAUCGAAGAAACAUAGCAAAUGAAAAAAGAAAACAAAAAAAUGAGAGUCGUAUUGUAACUAAUGAAACAAACAUAAAUAAGAAUUCACUAAAAAAGGGCAAAUUUAAGCAAGUAAAAAUAAUUAAUAAAGAUGUUAUUGCAACAAAAAAUAAAAAAAUAAAUAAAAAGAAAAAGAAAAAAUCAUUAAAAAGUAAUAAAAUAAUUACAAGUACUUUAGAAAGAACAAAUAAAAUUAUGAAUAAUUUAUUUAAUACAGACACGAAUGAAAAGGUAAACAAGACAACUACAUAUGAAAAACUAGAUAAGAAGAAACACCAGAAAGAAGGGGAAAAACUAGUGAGAGCAUAUGAAAGAAUUGAAAAAAAUGUAAAUGAAAAACUAAGCAAAGAACCAGUAGAAGGGGCUAAUGAAAAUAAAAAAAGUAAAAAUAAAGUAAAAGAAGAAAAGUCAGUUCAGAUAAAACUCGAACAAAUGUGCUCUAACGAAAAUGUAAGUAACCACAUGAGCGAAACGGAUGAUACGAACGAGACAAACGAGACGAACGAAUCUGACGAAACGUAUGAAUUAAAUAAAUUAAAAAUGCUACAUAAUAAAAACAUUUCGAAAAAUGAGAAUUUGGAAGAAUUACAAUUCUACGAAUCAAGAUCAGCAAGAAGGAAUAGUGAAAAAAGUGUGUCCUCCAAAAACAAAACAAAAAACAAAUUUUACUCCAACACCUAUAACUCUAAAGAACUGAAUAAUAUAAACAAGUCCUAUGACUCUAAUUUAUUAAUUAAUAAAAGAAAAGAAAAUAAAAGAAGCUCAAUAUCUUCCAUUUUUGGCUAUAUUUAUAAAAAAAUAUUCAAUUAA